AUUGUGCGAAAUGUGAAUAAAUUUGAAGGUUACAGUCGAACAAUUAGUGUUUAGUGUCUUUAUUUUCUUUUUCUUUUUUUUUAUUAUUAUAAAAAUAUGUCGGUAACCAACUAUGCAAGUGGACUGCAAAGUGAUGCGAAAACUCGCUAUUUAGAUAAGUUAAGACUGAUAAAUUCUGAGUGUCCCUACUCAAUUCCUAAUACAAUGUGGAAAAACGGAUUGGAUUGUUGCCCAAUUGUUCCCAAAAUAACCCCCCCCCCCCCAGACAUAUUCAUCUAUUUGGAGGCAUCAAAAAGUUACCAAAACCACAUGGAGGCACUUGGUGCAUAAAAGGGGCUUUCUUUUGAAUCAGAGCAGGCUGUGAGAGAUGGCUGGGUAAGAGAGUUUAUGGCAAUUGUUCUGGCAACCCAAGUCGUAUUGCUGAAGGCCAAGGUCUCACCUUCUCAAGCAUUAAGUGAGAGCCCACACAAGCCAUGGGCAGCAGUUUCCAAACAACUAUGCUCGGUUAUUUGCGAACAUUGUACGUGUGCUGCUGGAUUGGGAGAAGUGUGUAACCAUGUUGCUGGCCUCCUUCAAGUUUGCAUGGUGUCGUCACAAAUAAACGAACAAAUAAGCUGCACUGAGCAGCUGUGCACUUGGUCGGGAACUUAUUCCAAGCCGGAUGUAUUCAAAAAAAUAACAGACAUGGGUGCCGUAUGCAUGGAGAAAUUGCCAAAAAUUAAUGUUCCAUCUAAAGAGGACAUCACAUUGCUUCUAUCGAAACUUGAAGAGAUGCCGGGUAAACCGACAGGAAUUUUAUUGGUUACCGAUAACUCAAAAAAUUUCAUCCAUCCAGCGUUAACAAUAACCUUGCCGAAACCAAUUGGCUCAAUGUUUAAGAUGGAUCUUAUGGGAUGCUCGUUGACACAGCUAGUGGAAAAAAGUAAUGAGCUUUACAGCCAAAUUUCAAUAUCGUUUGAGCAACGAGAAGCUAUUUCAUCAUUAACACUGAAUCAAAGUGAUAGUAAAAAUUGGUUUCGGUACACAGCAUAUCGAAUAACAGCUUCGAAAUUCAAGUGUGUGCUAAAAACAAGUAUUGAGAAACCAUCCAUUUCUUUAAUAAAAGAAAUUUGCUACCUAGAAGCUUUUAAAUUUACAAGUGAAGCGACAAGUUGGGGCUUGAAAAAAGAGUCAGUAGCCUUGGAGGCAUUUGAAGAAAACUUGAACCAUAUCAAUGAACAUCCUGGAUUUACUCUCUCAAGAGCAGGUGCACUCAUUUCAACUGCAUUCCCAUUCCUUGCUGCAUCACCCGAUGCUAUAUUUAGUUGUCCGUGUCAUGGCAGCGGAGUUAUCGAAAUAAAGUGCCCGUUCAAAUUUAAGAACGGAUUGAUAAGCACAGCAGCCAAAACUAAAGGUUUUCCUUUGAUUUACAACGAAGAGACCAGAAUGUACUCAAUGGACCAAGAUCAUGCAUACUACUUUCAAGUUCAGCUCCAGCUUUGCUUUUUUUGUGGUUUAUACCGCUUUGGAUCUGGUUUAUGAUACCGUUCCCUAUGACGCAGAU